UCCGUCCCCGCCUCCUCGCCGUGGCGCGCUCAGACACCGGAGUCGAUAUGGGCGCCGCCGCGCGGGCAUUGCCGCCCCUACCAAUGCGUGUGUGUUUCCUGCUGCUGCUUCUGCCGCUCCCGGGGCUGCCCGCGGGCUCCUGGGACCCGGCCGGUUACCUGCUCUACUGCCCAUGCAUGGGGCGCUUCGGGAACCAGGCUGAUCACUUCUUGGGCUCCCUGGCAUUUGCAAAGCUGUUGAACCGCACUUUGGCUGUGCCUCCUUGGAUUGAGUAUCAGCAUCACAAACCUCCCUUCACCAAUCUCCAUGUAUCCUACGAGACGUACUUCAAAUUGGAACCUCUCCAGGCCUACCAUCGGGUCAUCAGCCUGGAGGACUUCAUGGAGAAGUUGGCACCUACCCACUGGCCCCCUGAGAAGCGGGUGGCAUACUGCUUUGAGGUGGCAGCCCAGCGAAGUCCUGAUAAGAAAACGUGUCCCAUGAAGGAAGGAAACCCCUUUGGCCCAUUUUGGGAUCAGUUUCAUGUGAGUUUCAACAAAUCGGAGCUUUUUGCAGGCAUUUCAUUCAGUGCCUCCUACAAAGACCAGUGGAUCCAGAGAUUUUCUCCAAAAGAACAUCCAGUGCUUGCCCUGCCAGGGGCUCCAGCUCAGUUCCCUGUCCUGGAGGAGCAUAGGCCACUCCAGAAGUACAUGGUAUGGUCAGAUGAGAUGGUGAGGACAGGAGAGGACCAGAUCCACACUCACCUCCUCCGGCCCUAUGUGGGCAUUCACCUGCGCAUUGGCUCCGACUGGAAAAAUGCCUGCGCCAUGCUGAAGGAUGGGACCGCCGGCUCGCACUUCAUGGCCUCUCCACAGUGUGUGGGCUACAGCCGCAGCACGGCCGCCCCCCUCACCCUGACUAUGUGCCUCCCUGACCUGAAGGAAAUCAGGCGGGCUGUGAAGCUCUGGGUGAAGACGCUGAAUGCCCAGUCAAUCUACAUUGCCACCGAUUCUGAGAACUAUGUGCCCGAGAUCCAGCAGCUCUUCAAAGGGAAGGUAAAGGUGGUGAGCCUGAAGCCUGAGGUGGCUCAGAUUGAUCUCUACAUCCUCGGCCAAGCAGACCACUUUAUUGGCAACUGUGUCUCCUCCUUCACUGCCUUUGUGAAGCGGGAACGGGACCUCUGGGGAAGACCGUCCUCUUUCUUUGGCAUGGACCGGCCCCCUCAGCUGCGGGACGAGUUCUGAUCCUGCCUGGCCCACAUCACCAGUCCAAGCUGGUCCCUCCAGCCAGGACUGGCAACCAGAAAUGGUCCCAGGAUUGAUCCCCGAGGGACGAAGCUCCUCUUCUCACCUGCGAGAGAUACAGAAAAGUAUCAGGGACUUGGUGGAGAAGGAAGAUGGCCCAUCUCCCAGGUCACAGGACUUCCAGGCACCUGGAGCCAGUGCAUCUUCCCUCCUCAUGUGCUUCCUGCUGUUCUUCCUGGGAAUUUUUUGCAUGAGCAAAGCAGUCUAUUCUGUCUUUUAGUCUGCCCUGCUCUGAGCAGCCUUGGAUGCUAAACUCUCUUCAGAGAGACAUAUAUAUAAAAGAGAAAGAGAUUUUUAUAGUUUUGAUGCAAGAUCAUGAACCCUAGAACUCCCUCUGUGAAGUUCAUUAACGUGGAUACCUAAAGUGACCUUUACUGAAUGUGGAUGUGGCCAGGGGUGGGUAUGUCGACCACUUUCCUAGAUGACCCCCAGAGUGGCCCUCAGCCUCGUCUGGCCAGGCCAGUACCCAUCCAGGACAGUGAUUGCUCUUCAGAGGCCAUGCUGGUAUUGAGGCACGAGCACUCUGCUCUGCUGUAAGCAGUGUGCAAAUGGAAGUGAUUGACCACGGUGGCCAAAUGCCGCUCAUGCACCGAGCACAUGUCAAGCUGUCAAAUCAGACCACCAGGCACUGCUCUCCGUAUCUGGGUAGCUGACAGUCUGCCACAAGCCUGGCACCAUCAGGGCCUCAUAACACAUCACCAGGGGCCAGCAAGCCUGGUAGAAUCCUUCUGAAAGCUGCUCUCUCCCCUUCUGAUCUCUUCUCCCAAGAGCCUGGUUGCAGAAUUUUGCUGCUAACUUGGUAUCCUAAACCUCUGACUGUAAGAAGAUACCCAGGACCCAGUAGCCAUCAGAAUUUCCAUUUGGAAGCAACCUUUGCCUUGUUCCCACCAAGUCUAAUCUUCGCCAACCCUGUGAGACUUAAGUGCUACAGUAGGAGGUUACUUUGUCUCUCAGAGGCUGCAACUUUAAUAAUCCAUGACUCCUGAGUCUGCAUUUUUUGCCUCUUGGUUCUAACAUUCAUGUCUAACACCUGCUGAUCUCUUUGCUGCCACGUCCUUCAGCCUUCGACCCUGUUCCAAGUGGGCGUGGGUCUAAGCAGCUGCUGGUCCCCACUUCUGUCAGAUACCCAAGAAGGUGGAGGAGGCCAAUGAAACCCAGGCCCAGAACUCCAUGCAGGGCUUGGUAAUCCCUUGAUUACCUCUGGGGAAAAUACCUUUCUUGUCAAGCAGACUGGGUCAGAGGUUGCAGGACAACAAGGACCUCAGACAUUUGCUGCUUAGAGCUUCAGCCCAAAUCAAAAUGGGAGGUACAACAGAAAGGCCUUUGGUAUAGUCCUGCUUGGGAAAUUGUGGAUUCCUCCGUGAGGAGCCUUGUCUGUUCAGACUUGUUCCAGAGCCUCAUUCAUUCCGAGAGGUGGGAGCCAGGCACCCCAGCCUCCAUGGGAGUGAGAAAAGCCUGGCUUACUGGCUGAUCUUGUUUGCUGCAUUCAUUUGCGGUUCACAGCUUCACACUUGCACAUGCUUUAGAGUUUGGGCCCUUGUAGGUCAUGCAGGUUAUCUUUAUUAACAUGGGCAGUAAUAAUAGCUUGUGUUGCUGGAGGAAAGGGCACCGAGUUCUGGUCAAAUUGGGUUGUGUUCUGUGGACAAGCACUUUGUUCCUCUGACCCAGUUUCCUCAUUUAUAAAAUGGUGAUAAAACCGACAGGGUUGUUGAAAGGCCCAAGUCAGAUAAAGCAUGUAUAAGGGUACAUUGUAAACUUGAAAGAGACAAAGGCACACAUGUGGUUGUUGAUUAAUUUGUCUGCCUGUUGUCGCACACCUACUCUGUGCCUUCCGUGUGCUUGUUAAGUGCUUUAUGGGCUUUCUCUGCUUUAGUCGCCACCCAGACCUGGAAGUAGGAACUAUCAUCCUCUUUCUGUGCAAGGAACAAUUAAUUCUCUGAAAACGAAUACUUUUCCCAAACCAUACUAUUUACCACCAUGCUCUGCUGCCUCCAUUGUGCUGGGGAGGCCCCAGAUGGAAAAUAAUCAGCCACCUUAGUUUCCACUGUGGUCCACCACUCCCUGGAAUUUUCAGGGGGAGGGAGAUCACCUAAGAAACAGUAAGCCCACGUGAAGCUUACCACUCCGGGGUGGUUAUUUAAUUCAGCAUUCUUUAAUUCAUCAGGUAUUUAUUGAUCACCUACAAGGUGUCAGACUCUGCUGGAUACUGGAGAUUCAGCCAAGAAUCAGACUAAACAUCUUUGCUCUUCAGGAGUUUGCAUUGUAACUAGAAGACAUAAUAAGCAAAUAAAUGUUCCAGUGGGAGGUGUUGGUAAUUGCUGUGAAGAAAAAGAAAGAGGGGGGAAGUUUUGCCUAAGGAGCUCAGGGGAGGCCUCUGAAGAGCUGCCAAGGAAGCAGGAGGGAGGGGGUGCACGUUCGGGUACCCAGGCAGCGCACCGCACAGGCAAGAAAUGCGAAGGUCCUGAACAGCAGUGAAUGUUUGAAGAGUAGCAAGCAGGUCAGUUUGGCUGGGAUGGCAGAGAGCUGAGCAGAAAUAGCAGGGGAGGUGAUUCCUCCUACAGCCUGAAGGGUAGUGGUGAGGUUGAGAUUUGGCUUUCAUUUGGAGAGCUAGGAAGCUUUAUAGGGUUUUAAGCAGAGGGUUUGUUCAGAUGAUCUGAUCGACAAUUUUGAAAGACCCCUCUGGCAACCACUUAGGGAAGGGAUGGAAUUGUGGAAGCAGGGGUGAGGCUAGAGAUUCCAGCAAUGGUUGCUGCAUUAAAGGUGGUGGGAAGUGGUCACAUUCUGGAUAUAUAAAAUUAUUUUCAAAUUUUAGUCUUUUUGAAAGAUACGUCUUUGUGUAGUUUUAAUCAUGUAUAUGCAAUUUAAUGUCCUAUUUUUCACUUUAUAGUGUAUAUAUUUUCCGUAUUGGUACAUAGCCUGAAUAAACAAUUUUUUAAUGACAUAACAUUCCACUAAGGGGUGUCCCAUAGUUUAUACUGUUGUCCUAUUAUGAGAAUUUAGUAUAGUCCCAAUUUUUCAUUAUUGCUAUUUGAAAAGUAUUAUUUGUAAAGUUUUUUUCUGUAUCUGAAAUGUUUGUUAAGAUAGUUUCCAGAAGUGGAUGUUAGAUCAAAGACUUAAAAUUUUUAUUAUGAAAAAACUCAAAUAUAGAUAAUAAUUAUAAGUAAUAAAGUAAACAUCCAGUUUCAACAAUCCUUAACAUUUCACCAGCCCUGUUUCCUUCAUUGUCCCACCAAGUCCUUUUGCUACAGUCUUUUGAAGAAACAGUACAUUGGAAGGAAGAGCCAACAGGAUUUGCUAACACACCGAGUGGGGUGUAGGCGGAAACUUGAUAGUCUAGCCCUUCAUUUUAUGCAUUUUAUUAUUUCAGGAUGAGGCCACAUUUAUGUAAGUAAAACAAUGGGGAUCACAUUUUUUAAAAUCAAGUAACUACAAGUAGAAGUGGAUUACAGAUUAGGCAGGAAUGGGAAACUGGUGUUCAGAGGAAUCAAAGCUGGGGAAGCUGUCCUGACACAUCAUGGGUCCUCCAGAAAUACUCUUGAGUGGAGAGGAAGGAACAAAAGGAGAGAGGACAAAGGGAUGAAGAAAGAGUUGACUUCUUAUUUCAGGUUUUGUUCACUUCAAAGAAGCUUAGUGAAUAAUAACAGUAAACUGUCAUUGGCCAAAAAAUAAAAAAAAACCCUUUCUCUUCUCAGUUUUCUCUAUCCUUAAUGAGCACAGAAAAAAGCCCAUCACCCAGAGGCAAAUCCUGCAUGCAGGAUUAUGUUGUCAGAGUUCUUUCUGAUUCUUACCUGAAACUCGAUUUAUUUGGGGGUUGGGACCUUUCCCUUGAAGUAAUAUUAUUUAAGGACGGGCAGGUUUGGUUUGUUUUUACAUUUAAUCCUUUAUUGAUCACCAGCCUGGGACACCAAGCCCAACCAGGUAAACAGUGGGAAGGGAAGGAACAAAAGGUAUUUCCCAGAAACCUCCUCCAGCCCCACAUGCAGUGACUCAGCAGAAGUGAGGCGUAGUGCCCACCCAGGGGUGCCAGAGGGAGAAACUCUCAGAGGAGCCCAGGGAGGACACCCAUCCCAGAACAUCUUCCUCUUUACGAAUUGGCAACAAAGGGGCCUCCCUCGUGGCACAAAGGGUUAAGCACUGCACUAUGAGGCUAUCCACAGCCUCUGCAGCAAGAGUUCAAAGCCCGGCCAGGGAGCUGACCCACAUGGCACAGCAGACCUCUCCUGACUCGCCCACCGCUCCCCUCAGCAGUGUAUUUCAGACAGUCUGCCUGUUCUGCUCCCCACUCUGUCUUUGGUGAAUCCUCUCAUCGCCCCACCCCUCUGGCCUACACCCUGGUUCUUGAAUGCAUAGAUAAAUCUUUAAAAAAAAAAAAAAAGAAAAGAAAUUGACAGCAAAUAGAGCCAUUUGAAAUUCAUUCUCUCCUAUCUCGAGGGACGGGGAUAUUUCCCUUCUCAGUGUACAAAAUGGUUUAGGAGGUGCAGGGCACUAGCAGA